UUCGCCGCGCGCGGUUCACUUCGUUCUUCGGUCCGCGUCCGCUGCAUUUUCAAUUCAUACUUUUCGCCGGCAUCGUUUGUUGUUGUUUGCGAAUGCAUAUGUGGGUGUGCGGCCUGUAGAAAAUACGUACGAUACGAAUACGAAUACGAGCAUGUGUGCGCGUUCUGCUCAUAAUUUUGCGCGUUUGGUGCGUUGACAGCUGCGAAAGGCGGAAAAAGAGAGUGCAGAAAAGUGCAAAGCAAAGGCCGACAGCAAACAACAAAAACAACAAGGCAAAACAAACAGCAAACAAACAAAGCAGAAGCAGAAGCAGAAGCCAAAAGAAACAACAACACACCUGCUGCCGCCGUCGUUUUUGUUUGUGUCGGUGCUUUUGGUCCAGAAAAUAAAGAAAAUAAAGAAAAAGAGCAAAUUCAAACGGCAGUGCAAAAGCGGCAGCAGGAUAGCGAAUCGUGAUUUUCCGGCGAAACAGCGCAGUGGAGCCUCGCACAAGAAGCAGAAGCUGCAGAAGCUGCGGAAGACGCCCCGCAGAGAGAAAAGAAGACCAAAACCAGAGGAGUUUGUCAACGUGGAGCGCAAAUGAAUGAAAUGAGUGAAUGUGAAUGAAAAUAUUUCGGGUGCAUUGAAAGUGUUUGUGCGUUGGCAAAUGGAAGUGGCAAUGCUCGAUCGCGAUCGCAACUGAGGAUUAUUAAUUCCAUCGAAUUAGGAAUUACGCGUUACGAGUUACGAGUUACGAGUUACGAGUUACGAAUUACGGAUUGCACAAUCUACAAUCCGUCCGCGUUUAUAGAAAUAAAUCUCCGGCGAACAGUUGCAGCUGCCGCAGCUACUUUGGCUAAUUGAUUUUCAUUCGGUUUCUGUUUUCCCCAUUUGUUUGUUGCCAGCUGAUUUGUUUGUCCGUCCGCCUCUUGCAAUGAGGCGUCCAAGAGCUGCCAAUCGCCACAGCAACAAUAGCACCAACAACAACUCGCCAAAUGAACAAAAACAAGCUGAAAACCAACAAGUUCGAGUACAUGAAGCGAAGCUGCGCGACAAUUGCGUUUGCGCCUUUUUGCUGCUUUUUUAAUUAAUUUUAAGUGUCGCCGUACUCCGUUGCCCUUUUUUUUUGUUGGUUUGGCCGGGAGCGGUUCAGAUAGCGCUGGAGCGGUGAGGAGAAGCCCCCGGAAAUCGGCAAUUUAAUUUACAAUACAACAUUAGUACGGACAUAAAAGCGGAUAAAGGCGAGCUGCCCUAGGAGAACCCAAAAUGUUCGCGGGAAUAAGGAAACGCCUGGCACGCAAGCAAAACGAGAAGGAUUGCGACGAGGACGACAAGGAUGAUGUGCUCGACAGCAUGCCACCACCGCCGAACUACAUACAGAUCUCGCAGGGCAGGAUUCAGUUGGUCCACCAGCCGAGGACGCCCGUGGAAUCGGAGGCGGGAACUCUGCCCCUGGAGCGGCAUGGAGGCUCGAUCUCCGGAUCCGGCGGCUGUGAUAAGGAUGUGUUGGAGAAGCGGAUGAUUGAAGUUGAAGGCGCUCUGCUGCGUUUGCAGGAGCAGUUCCAGAAAAGCCAAUGCGGGUCGCCUACGUUCGAGAAGGAAUUGCGCGAGCAAAUUGAGAACAUGAAUCGCAUUAUGAAAUCCAAAGAACGCAAGCAAAUGCAGACAUGUCGGGAUCACAAGGCACUGCAGACUCGCUUCGCCCGCCAGGAGAGCCUGCUCCAAUCGAUGCAGCAGGAGAAUCGAUCCCUGCUCACCCGAAUCCGGCAGUAUGAGCACUGUUUGGAUGAUGUGAUGCGCAAGGUGGUGGACGCCAUUGUGGCAGAGGACAAUCUCCGCGAGGAAGUGAGCAUGCUGAAGGGCCGGGUUCGCGAUUUGGAGGCGCAAAAUGCUGCUCUGUCCGCCAGUCCGGUGAAGGGCAGGGAUGAAGGCUACUGCACCAUGAGCAGUGGGCAGCCGCAGCCAUCGAAUGGGCAUCUGGAGGAUCUGCCCGAGGAACCGGAACAGUGGCUCCUGCCUGCUGAGCCCUGCUCCACGGAAAUGGAGGACUGGAGCAUGUCCCAGGAGGAACUGGCGGUGAUGACGUUCGACGACGAGCGGGAUCCACAUCACCCUCAUCUCCAGCAGCAGCGGAGGAAGAGGGAUCACGACUGGCUGUGGCCAUCCAGCGACUUUAUCAACUCCACCACCGUGGAAACGGAUUCAGUGGCCGAUGGCAUUACCCAGCUGCUGCAGCAGAAGAUUGUUUACUCCGAGGAUGAGGAGGUGGCCUGCACGGACUUCACCAACGACUUCUACAAACUGGUCAACAUCCGUUCGAAUUCCUCGCGUAGUCUUUACUCUUACUUGGAGGGUGAGACGGAUGACGAGGAUGAGGACGACGAUGAUGGCGAGGAUUCCAGUAUCUCAGAGAGCCAGGUGGGUCCCGCUGGCAGAAUGAGUCCCACGCCCAGCGAGGCAGGAAGGGCCCAGUUGACCAGCUGCUCCUCCAGCGAAACGGACGAACUCUCCGCCAGCCAGGCAAAGAAGGACGAGGAACCGGACUACGCGGUUAUCGACGAGUGCCGGCGGAGGGUUAGCGACAUUGAAAUCGAGGAUGUGCCCAUGAUUGUCGGCAGCACGCCAAUGAAACCACUGGAUGAGCAGCAGUGUAUUGCUCAGAUCAUCAAAAGCGAACUACGUCGACCGCCUCACGUCCUGGUGAAAUCCAAAUCGGUGCUGGAGGACCAGGAACCCAGUUGCAUCCUGAGACACAAUCAACGCCGCGAACUGGAGUCCACCGUGGUGCGCAGCGAUAGCAUCAGCUGUGCCAUGAUGAACAAGUUGGCCAAAGAGGUGGUGCCACCGGCGCCUGGGAUGGUAACCAAGUUGAAGGAGAGGAUGCUGCUCAGGCAGGCCUCCACGCCUCCGACGGCCAGCUCCUGGCGCAGGAGCAAUGGCUGGAAGAGGGUCACAUCGCCGGUUCAUCCACCGGUGGCUGUCUCGCCGAAAAAGAAGGCAGCGAAGUCAACGGAGCCGCCAAAGAGUUGCCUGCCCAAGGCGCAGCCCACCAGAAUUCCAACGAGCAUCCAUUCAUCGGUGUCCUCGUCCUCCUCGAUGUCCUCCUCCUGCUCGCCCUCGCCCUCCUCCCCCUCGCCGCAGUCGCAGUCACCGCAGCAAAGGUCACCGGGUCAGCAACCCCAGCAACAGCAACAACAGCAGCAACAGAAGCAGCAGCAGCGAAAAUCGAAGAUUCCUCCACCAGUUCCCGUGCGAAGAUCCUACGCCAGUUAGGAUAGACCAGCACUGCUAAAUCUCAAAUCAAUAAUCGUCAAGCUAACAAAUAUUUAAAGAUUUAAAAAGACUAAAUUGUGAUAUAUUCAAACAAAACAAAACAGAACCGCGAGAUACAGAAGCAUUAAGAUGAUAAGAUGAUGAUGAGGAGAAGAGAAGCAGGCGAGUUUUGUACGUACGAAUACGAGUAUUUAUGUAUAUUGUAAAUUUUUUGAAGAUGUUUUACCUUGUAAGCGGCACUGCCAACUGUUCCCCCUAUGAGAGAAAUCGAAACAACCAAAUCGAACCGCUCGCCCUGCUCUAUACCACAUAUACCACAUAUUUUGUAGAGCAGCGGUUGCAGCAUCCAAAUCAGAGGGUUACACUAACUGAAAUGGGACAUUUUGAAUGACUUCAAACUGAAUUCAAACCACUAUUAGCUAUGGUCAUGAGUAGAUGAACCAAAACUGUAGUCUUCCGCACGAGUCGAGUGUAUUUGUGGGACUUGGUUAAAGUUAGCCACAUAAGCUAAUCCGGAUUAGUACUCCUCAGACACAACAGCAGUUGAACAUUUGCAUUUAAGGGUGAAAUAUUUCAAGGUGUUUACGAUGCAGUAUAGAAUGCAUAUAUAUAGAUACGAUACAUAUAUAUAUAUAUAUAUAUACGGUUUCUAAGCGAACAUUACACGACAACCAUAACAAUAAACUGUACAUAGCAGUCGUUCUUAAAGCUAAUGAUAAUGAUAAUGAUAAUGACAAGCUCUUCUUCAACCGUAGUUAGCUCCUCAGGGCUGCUGCCACCGACUACUUCAUCGCAGCAGCCCGAUUCCUAAGCAUAUACUUACACUACAUAGAACAGAACGCACUAUGAUCGAGAGGAGGGAACCUAGACGUAAGCUCGUAUAAACAUUAUAAAUGUAUUUUCUUAGCGUAGCGAGUACAAAAUAAACAAAAAGAAGUUACA